CACAGUCCAGGAUCAAAUGUCAAAGCACAUGCUUAAGCUAAAAACGAAAACAUUGAAAAUGGUUUCAAGGAACCUGCACGAAUUGUUUCGCUUGCGACAAAUUGGCCAAUAUCAAACAAUUUCACCAUCAGUGCUCUACCGUACGAACCGCGGACAGUACUAUAAUACCAGCCAGCGGUUUAUUAAAGUUUGGGACGACCCUUCCAAAUGGGCCCGAUCGUACUGCUCCUCCACUAAAUUCACUCAAUGCCGGCAAGUGAAAUUCUUCUCGACUGUUGCUGGGAAGGGUUCUAACGAACAACAGCAAAGCACUGCAACACCGCAAUUACUAUCAAAACUAUUUCCCCAGACCGCAGUCGAAGGGACCGAACAUGAGAAGCAGCAAGAAAAGCAACGCAAUGAGGAGGAGGAAGAGAAAGAAUCGUCCUGGAAGCGGAUGAAGUUUGGAUUCGUUUUCUUCGGCUUUUCCGUUUCCGCGUUCUCUGUGUACAUGGUGUGGGUGUUUGGCGCACCCGACCGGGACGCGGAAGGUAACAUCAUUAUGGACGAGUUCAUGGAACUGCCCACGUUCCAGCAAUACUUCCGCCGGUUGUGGAAAUCGAUGACAUACUAUCAGAAAAUGAUACAAGAACCUUCGCGCGACAAGCUGUUGCCAGAUCCGCUGAAAUAUCCGUACGUGCAGCCACCGUACACGUUAGUGCUCGAGAUGAAAGAUGUGCUGGUGCAUCCGGACUGGACGUACCAAACUGGGUGGCGUUUUAAGAAACGCCCCGGGGUUGAUAAGUUCCUGGAGACGUUGGCUGCCAACUACGAGAUAGUGGUGUUCACCGCCGACCAAGGGAUGACUGUAUUCCCUAUUUUAGAUGCGCUGGACCCGCGGGGUUUUAUCAUGUACCGUUUGGUACGUGAUGCGACACACUUUGUCGAUGGUCAUCAUGUGAAAAAUUUGGACAACCUUAAUCGGGAUCUAAGCAAGGUCAUUGUCGUCGAUUGGGAUCCAAACUCGACAAAGCUACAUCCAGAAAACACGCUCAACAUACCACGCUGGUCCGGCAACGAUGAUGACGCCGGUUUAUUCGAUCUGAUGGCACUGCUCGUUACGAUCGCUACCAGUGAAGUUGAGGACGUGCGCGAGGUGAUGACGUAUUACAAAUCUUUCGAAAAUCCGCUGGUAAAAUUCCGUGAAAAUCAGCGCCUACUGGCGGAACAGAUGGCCGAACGCGAGCACGAAGAAAAGCAACGCAAUAAUCUGCCGGCGGUGCAGCGAUGGAGACCCAGCUUUCUAGGUGGUGGGCGUUAAACACGGUGCGUAUUGCGAAUAAACGUCGUCAUAUUGCCAUAGCAUGUCACAUUUCCCGUUGUUAAAGGA